AAUUUUAAUAGAUUUUAGGGCUCUUGGCACUAUGAGCCCUAAUUCUUGGCGAUGAUGGAGGCCGCCUACGAUCGGCGGAGGUAUGACCAGCAUCAUCCAACGCGGCCGCCGCCCCCCAAUCCGUCAUCGUCAUCGUUCUAUCCUCGUCUCCCGCAGCAAGCGCCGGCGCCUCCGACUGUGAAUCGCGCGGCGCUGCCGCCCGUGCCUGGAGCUCCUCCUCAAUCAUCAGGACUUGGUAUCAAGGUCGCGCUCAAGCCACAGUAUCGAAUGGCGCCUCCGGUGCAAUUGUCUCCAGUUAUCGGAGAAGUUCCAAGAACAUCGAUCGCCCAGUUUGAUUUCGAUUUCGAGCGCAAAGUUAUAGACGAUGCCGAGAGAGGUGUUCGCACUCAAAUCCGGCAACAUCAGCUGGCAAAUGGCGGUGAGACAGCCUCUGCUAGUCAAGCGAACGACGAUCCUGUUAUCAGCAAAUACUUGUCAAUGGGAUUAAGUAGAGAAGCAGUGUCUUUGGGAGUGGCGGCUUACGGCGAUGUGCAGGCUAAGGUGGUGGAAUUUUGCUCUGCGUAUAGUCUCCUUAGAGAGAUGGGCUUUCCAUCCACCGCUGUUGCUGGAGCUCUUGUUAUGCACGACAAUGACAAGGAGAAAGCACUCGCACAAUUUGUAUAGAUAAGUAGAAGGGUUGUCUCCUUUAUCUUCGCAAAUUUGGAUUAGCAACGUAAACACAUCAAAUUAAUAGGAGCCGUUGGAUUUGAGCAUUCAA